CCAGGCCAGUCAGAAAACGGCUGGGUAGUGACCUGGCUGUCUAAUCCUCAACUUGGGGAGAUGUGGAAGCUUUGUUGGAGGAGCAAACUUUGGUUUCGCCUGUGAAAAUGAAACAGCACCGUCCUCCCUUCCCGCUGAUGCUUGUGAUCUACUGCCUUUGCACCGCACAGUUUACCUCAGGAUUUCCUCAACCUUUUGCUGGUUAUCUAAGUGAAUCAGACAUUCCUAAAAAUGAGAGACUGGCACUGUGUUUCAGUCAAUGGAUAGAACAGUCUGAUCAGCCCCAGAUCUCCAGUUCUGUCAUGGAUCUCUGUAACUCCAUGUUUAAUAGCAUGCAAAUAGAUGAGGAAAAUAUGCAAGAAAUAGAUAAGAGAUUUUUAUUUCAUUACUCCAGAGCUCAAGAUCCAACGUAUCCUCUUAAAGCUGGGGAAUCAGAAAUGGCUGCGGCAGAGUUCACCAAGAAGCAUGAGUUGGACGCCUUGGGACGACCCUUUUUUCUUUUCAGGCCUCGAAAUGGAAGGACGGUGGACGGUGGAGGAGAGUAUGCCAUUUGACAGAAUGCAAUGGAAGAUGGAAUUCACUGACUUGCUCUAUCAGUUUAUAUGAAGAACAGAAAAGCUGGAUGACCAGUUAUAUGCUUUUAAAGAAAGACAUACUUCUCAAGCAUUUAAAGUUCCAUAUAAUAAACAUGCAGCCGUUA